CAGACCAGCGCAUGAAAGCGCAACAUCAAUAAAGUACGAAAUAGGAGUUAACUUAUGCAAACCUAGAAUAUGUUCGCUCAUACGGCUAACCUGCAUAUUCAACCAUAAAGGACGCCGUAACAAUCUAUUACUGUUAAUGGGGUGUAUCUCACACAAACGGGCAAUUUGUUUUCUUUUUGGCAAAUUCUGCAACACGCAGGUAUUUUCGCAUCAUUAAUUAAGGAAUAAAUGAGAUCAUCUUGAGGAGGAGUUGGAAGGAUCGUGGGGAGGAAGAACAGGGACUAAUGGCGGAAGUUUGAAAACCUGCGUUUUUGUUAUUGCAUGCGGAAUCGGCGUUAUAGUGUUGACAUCCAAUUUAUAAUCUAAAUGUUUAUUUCACCUACAAAGAACGGAUAAAUAAUAGGCUGCAACGAGCUUAUUUAGAGUUCUCUGUUUUGAUGCGGUUUUACCUUUUCUGAACUUUUAAAAACAACUUAAACCAACUACCCCGAAUGGACGAAAUCAGGAAAACUCGAGGCCUGGCGUGGGUCUAAGGACAGAGUCCAUUGGCUGGGGUGUCCAUUGCGUCGUCGUCUUCGUGAACACUAUUAAUGAAUACCUCAGACAGUGAAGAAGACUCCUACAAUGAGAGGUCAGCUUUGGUGCCAGCUGAAAGUCCGACCUUGCCACCUUACAGUGAGGGUAGCGCACCUCUGGGGCAGGUGGAUACAGAGACCAUAAGGCGGCGCCCAGCGGCAGAGCCGGGCUCUGAUAGGCCGAUCCGGGGCCCCGUGGAGCGAGAGCCCACUGUGGAGAGCGAGGAUGAGGAGCUCACGCUCAAGUACGGGGCCAAGCACGUCAUCAUGCUCUUCGUCCCCGUCACUCUCUGCAUGGUGGUUGUCGUGGCGACCAUCAAGUCCGUCAGCUUCUACACGGAGAAGAACGGGCAGCAGCUGAUUUACACUCCUUUCACGGAGGACACCCCGUCGGUGGGCCAGCGGCUGCUGAACUCCGUCCUCAACACCAUAAUCAUGAUCAGCGUCAUCGUUGUCAUGACCAUCUUCCUCGUUAUUCUCUACAAGUACCGCUGCUAUAAGUUCAUACACGGCUGGCUGAUCCUCUCCUCCCUGAUGUUUCUCUUCUGGUUCAGCUUCAUGUACCUGGGGGAGGUUUUUAAGACCUACAAUGUGGCGAUGGACUAUCCCACGCUGGUGAUGAUCAUCUGGAACUUUGGGGCAGUGGGGAUGGUCUGUAUUCACUGGAAGGGUCCUCUUCAGCUUCAGCAGGCCUACCUCAUCAUCAUCAGCGCCCUCAUGGCCCUCAUCUUCAUCAAGUACCUCCCCGAAUGGUCGGCCUGGGUCAUCUUAGGAGCCAUAUCCGUCUACGAUUUAAUCGCCGUGCUGUGCCCCAAAGGGCCGCUGAGGAUGCUGGUGGAGACGGCCCAGGAGCGCAACGAGCCCAUCUUCCCCGCGCUCAUAUACUCCUCUGCUAUGAUCUGGAUGGUUGGAAUGGCCAAACCUCCUAGUACAGCUGCUGAGCCCACUGAUCAGGAUACAGACGAGGAGGAACGGCUGAGUGACCGCAGUGACACCGAGAGAAGCCAGGGGGAGCCAGAGUGCCAGGUGAUCACUGGGACGGAGCAGGUGUACGGCCCUGGGGACGACCUGGAGGAGGACAGGGGGGUGAAACUGGGCCUGGGAGACUUCAUCUUCUACAGCGUGCUCGUGGGGAAGGCGGCAGCGACCGGCGGCGACUGGAACACGACGCUGGCCUGCUUCGUGGCCAUCCUCAUCGGGCUGUGUCUCACUCUUCUGCUCCUGGCCAUCUUCAAGAAGGCCCUGCCCGCCCUGCCCAUCUCCAUCACCUUCGGGCUCAUCUUCUACUUCUCCACCGACAACCUGGUGCGCCCGUUCAUGGACAGCCUGGCCGCUCACCAGUUCUACAUCUGACACCCGACGGGGGGGGGGGACUCCUUUCGGACGCAGCGCGACCCGAGUCCUGGGUUUGGCCAGAUAUCCUUCCGCUACGUGCCACUACUUUUUUUCGGAGAAAGAAACGGGACUUACGUUGUGUUAUUACUUGUAGCUUUUGAGUUGACGUAGUUUUUUUGUUUGUUUUUUUUUUUAAAGAAAAAUAAUCAUGCAUGUAAUGUAAGUGGGAUCCCCGUGCACACACACACACACACACACAUACAUGCAGGCACAAAGAAAGAUUUUUUUGCCGUUGUUUGUUACAGAAUCAGUAUGUGUGGAUCAUGAUUCCAAGGAACAUACAGGAUGCCGAAGUUCAUUGACUGAAAUGCCCACCUUUAAAAAAACACAUACUUUUAACGCCCCUUCAGUCAUUUUCAAGCGAUUAUGGAGGACUCACUAGUCAAAGGAUGGGUGUUGUGGUCGCCGACCAGUCAACGUAUACACAUUUUCAGAUGAAACACUGUGGGUACAAUAUUGUAUGAGAAACUACGCACAAGCUUGAAAUUUGAUAGGUCAUGCUAAUGUUAAUGCUGCCUAAUUUCUUCAAAUGUGUUCUCUUCCAGUGAUGAAGAAGCAUAAACUUACAUGAAUGUACAGUAUAUGCCAAAAUUAUUUUCUGGUGGGCUUUUUGGACUUUUUUUAACAUGCAUUUCAGUUUUUGUGUGUGUUUUUUAGUUGACCAAGACAGACGUUAUGUCCGAUGAAAGGUAUUUUAGAAGCCUAGAAGCUUGUUGCUAUUUGGACAGAUGUUUCUGUUGUCCACACCACAUUGAAAUGGCUGGUUUAGGGUAUUUGGAGGGUUCAUGGUAUAAAGCAAGAAAACACACCUCAAGUAAUUCCAGCACAGCUUGUACAGAGACAAUGUGUUUCCAGAGGCUGUACAUAUUAACAGAUUAUAGCCUUUAUUCACGAUUAACUUGAGUUUCAGGUUUUAUGUAACGCCUUUACCUUUCUGAGUGCAGCAGUUUCGGGUCAUGUGCCAUAGGAAAUAACAAACAAAGCAAGUUCCAACAAAAUAACAAUCGGGUACUAUGCAGUACACACACGUACAGCCUCCGGAGGCAUUGCAUCACUGUGCAAGCUGGUUCAGAGUACAGUGCAAGGCCAGUAGGUCAUGAGAAGCUUCUGUAAUUACCCAAAAUAUCCUUCACACGCCAAAACUGUCUGCCCCAAAUAAACACACACACACAAAUCUGAAAUGACAUCAGAAAAAAAAACCAUGAAGUAAAAUAUCUCUUUGUAUGUGUAAAACGCACAAAAAAAGCUGCCAACCGCAACGAGAUCAGUGCCUACCAGACCUGGGUCAAAUACGCAUUUGUUUUGGAUUCCAAAUACUUUUCUGUGCUCUAUUGAUCUUGCCUGGUGUAACUGAGCCUGCCAAUAUGACCAGAAGUCAGGGUUUGCACUUUUUGGGAGCAUUCCAUUGGUUCCAAUACACCAGACAAGAUCAGUAAAGCGUAGAAAAGAAUUUGAAUCCAAAACAAAUACGUAUUUGACCCAGGUCUGGUGCCUACAGUUGCAACCCCUUAGUGCAGAAAAUCACAAGACCUAGGGACCGCUUGGGUGAGGCGGAUAUUCGGGGUGACCGUACACUGUUGGGAGGUCCAGAGAGUUUAUCUUUCCCUUUCCCAGUAAGGAAGUAAGAUGUGUUUUGAUUCAGGAAGAGAUUUGUGUUUUUUUGAUGCCUAAAGUUCUUUACAAAGAAGGCUUGUACAUAAUUCAAGAUCCCUCUGCCACUGAUAAUGUGGUGGGCAGAAGCAGUUAUGACCGUAGUGUGAAAAUGAUUUUGCUGGCACUGGAAAUACUGACCUGCUGAAUAAAUGAUCAGAUUGCACACUCUGAACGUAUAUUUAUAAUGAAAAAUAUAUUUUCUAGAACUGAAUAAAGGUGCAAUAUUUAAAUUUAUUUUAUAUCUGAAGAUAUACUUAAGUGAACCCUGUCCUCUGUGGGUUUGUCAUGUGCCGUUUUAAAUGUCAUGUGCUAUAAUAAAACCCUUAGCAAAUGA